AUGAGCCAAGCUCCGGUACGCCGCCUAACGGCUCACGGGCGGGGCCUCUUUGGGAAGCGACCAACAGGGAGGCGGACGUCGGACGGCGUGGAGCGAUCAUUGGCUACGGGGGCCGGCGCUGUCGGCGGGGGAUUGGAGGCGGCGCCCAGGCGGAAGCGGCCCCGGGCCUGGCGGGAGUGGGCCGGGGGGAUGUGGAGGCCGGGGCCGCGGCCGCUGCUGCUGCUGCUGCUGCUGCCGCUGCUAGCAGCCCGGGCCGAGGCUGGGAACGAGCUCGGGACCGGGGCCGUGACCUGCGGGUCCGUGCUGAAGCUGCUCAACACGCGCCACGGCGUCCGCUUACAUUCGCAUGACGUCAAAUACGGCUCCGGGAGCGGGCAGCAGUCUGUGACGGGCGUCGAAGGCUCCGAGGAUGCCAACAGCUACUGGCGCAUUCGAGGGGGGGCGGAUGGCGAGUGCCCCCGGGGGGUGCCCGUGCGCUGUGGCCAGGCGGUGCGGCUCACCCACGUGAACACUGGCAAGAACCUACACACCCACCACUUCCCCUCCCCCCUCUCUAACAACCAGGAGGUGAGCGCCUUUGGAGACGGCGGCGAGGGGGACCAGCUGGACGUGUGGCUGGUGCAGUGCAGCGGGGCCUACUGGCAUCGGGAAGAAGCCGUGCGCUUCCAGCACGCCGGCACCCACGUCUACUUGUCCGUGACGGGGGAGCAGUACGGGCACCCCAUCCGUGGGCAGAGGGAGGUCCACGGCAUGCCCAGCCCCAACCAGCACAACUCCUGGAAAGCCAUGGAGGGCGUCUUCAUCAAGCCCAGCCCCAGCGAGCCUUCCAGACACGACGAGCUGUGAGCCGAGCUGGGGCCAGCUGCUGCCCCUGCCCCGGGGUGGGCGCCCCUGCCAUGGAGCGUGAAUAAAAUGCUAGUUUGAGGGGUG